GUUUGCAGUGAGCCGAUCGCACCACUGCCCUCCAGCCUGGGUGAUAGAGUGAGACUCCGUCUCAAAAAAAAAAAAAAUGUGAAGAAAACAUAAGUGGUCAAGACAAGAAUGAUCAAACAAGUGUGUGAGGCUCUAAAUGGAGUCAAGGUGGUGAUAGAGCAAGGGCACACCUAUUCUCAGGCAGCGUGUUGGUGGAAGGGGGUUGUCAUACAAGGCUCAUCUGCUUUCCUGGUUCCUCUCACUCCCAGGGUGGCAACCAACUACAUAUGAGGACCAGUGCCAUUUUGGGGCACCAGAGCUUGUAACCUUUUCAUCUCUACCCAGCUGGGGCCAGGAACCACUCUCAGCACCCACCUCAGCAGCCGACAUCAUUAGGCAGAAUUGGGAACCUGGAAGCACUCUGGAGAACCUUUUUCUGAGACAUGGAGCUUUGGGGCCGAAUGCUAUGGCCCCUCCUGUCUGGCCCAGGGAGGAGGGGAGGUAUCCGGGGCUGGGCCUUCAGCUCAUGGCAACCCCAUCCACCUCUGGCUGGGUUAUCCAGUGCCACAGAACUGGUCAACCACUGGACAAGGGUCUUUGAGAAGAAAGGUGUCCCUGAGGCCCGGGAAUCCAGUGAGUACAUCGUGGCUCAUGUCCUUGGAGCCAAAACAUUUCAGAGCCUGAGGCCAGCACUUCGGACCCAGCACUUGACCUCUCAGCAACUACAGUAUAUCCAGGAGCUGAGUAGCCGUCGACUACAGAGGAUGCCCGUGCAGUACAUCCUUGGAGAGUGGGACUUUCAGGGGCUCAGCCUGAAGAUGGUGCCCCCCGUGUUUAUUCCUCGGCCAGAAACAGAGGAACUGGUUGAAUGGGUGCUGGAAGAGGUGGCCCAGAGGUCCCAUGCUGUGGGAUCCCCAGGCAGCCCCCUCAUUCUGGAGGUGGGCUGUGGAUCGGGAGCCAUUUCCCUCAGCCUGCUGAGCCAGCUCCCCCAGAGCCGAGUCAUUGCUGUGGAUAAGGGAGAAGCCGCCAUCUCUCUGACCCGUGAGAAUGCUCAGAGGCUUUGGUUGCAGGACAGGAUUUGGAUCAUCCACCUUGACGUGACCUCAGGAGUAUCUUCUUGGAAGUGGACCCGAGGCACCCGGAGCUUGUCAGCAGCUGGCUUCAGAGCCAGCCUGAGCUGUACCUUAAUCUUGUGGCUGUGCGCAAGGACUUCUGUGGGAGGCCCCGGUUCCUGCAUAUCCGGAGGUCUGGGCCAUAGCAUGGCUUCCCUGUGGAUGCCUUGUCAGUGCCCCCAGCCUGACCAGAGGGAGGUGGAUGGCACUUUCCAGAACCCAGGGAGAGAAAGACAUGAGGACCUGGCCUUCUGCCCAACCCAGGCAGCUGUUCAAGUUGGACGAUGGCUGGUUCAAAGACUCAGGUGCACCUGAUCCGUGUGCGGCAGCCACGACAGAACAGGCUGUCCUUGGCGGCCGUAGGGGCAGGCGCCAGGUUUCCUGGAGCUCUUGGCUUCAGCCAGCCCCCAGCAAGAGUGCCGGCUAGGACAGCAACCUGAUCUCCCCCUCAUGACCUUCCGCCCUGGACAAGCCCCCUGAAACUGGCUUUGGGACUGUCAAAGCAAAUCAACCCCUGCUCUGGUAGGCCGAACAAUGACUCCCCGCCCCCCGCCCCCAAAAAUGGCAGUGUCUUAAUCACCUAAACCGAAAUGUGACUGUUACCUUCGCAUAGCAAAAUGGAAUUUGCAGUUGUGAUUAAGGAUCUUGAGAUAGAAAGAGUAUCCUGGAUUUUUCAGGUAAACUGAGUAAAACCACAAGGGCCUCUGUAAAGAAGGAGGCAGGAGUGUCAGAGUGAUGGAAGAAAAUGUAACAAUAGAAGCAAAGGUCAGAGUGAUGCAAUUGCUGGAGGAAGAGCCAUGAGCCAAGGAAUGCAGACAGCCUCUUCUCCCCUGGGGCCUCAGGAAGAAUGCAGUCCUGCCAACGCCUUGAUUUUAAUUUGAAACCGAUUUCAGAUUGCUGACCUCCAGAAUAGUAAGAUGAUAAAUUUGUGUUGUUUGUUGUUUUCAGCCACUAAAUGUGUGACAAUUUGUUACAGCAGCCAGGGGAAUCGAAUGCAGAUUGUGGUGCCUAAAGUAGAGUGCUGCUGUAACACGUGCCUACAAAUCGAAGUGGCUUUGGAAUUGCAUUAUGGAAAUGAGCAGAGGCUGGAAGAAUUUUGAGGAUCAUGAUAAAUUGCCUUAACCACAUCUCUUCUGUUAGGUGAUGUGGCCAGGGGAACGCUUCCGCAACCUUCAGGCCUAAACUGCCCAGGCACCCUUUUUAAACUCAUAUUUGGGGACAGGUGGCCCUUUCCCAGAGUGAGAAGACUGGAAGACUGACCAGUAUGGACCCCAGAAGGGAGUGGCUGAGGAAUGGGACUGGGAUGUGAGGAGAGAGUGCAAGCCUGGCCUCCAUGAUCCAUCUCCAGAGACUGGGUCCAGAGAGGACCUCGGAGACUGGGACCAAGCCUGUUCCUGCUCUUCUGUGGAGCUAUGUGACUGGCCCAGGACCCCUUGGGUGUGUGAGGAUGGGUAGGGGCCCUGUACUCUCUGGGUUGCAGGUACUGCAUCUGUGAAAUGAGCACAGCAGCCCCUGACUUUGAGCUGAUGGGCCUGGCCCCUCCAUGUAAGCCAUAGGCCUGAGCAAAGCUGUGUCACCAUUCUGUUCCUAUGGUGGAAUGGGGCCAUCUCUCGGGUUUUCAACCUCCUGGUCCCCAAAACUGAAGUGUCCAACUGGUGCCCUCAGCCCUGUCCCUGUCCAGGCUGGGACUAGGACCUCCCUCUCCAGGGGUACUAAGGGACUCUGGAGACACCAUCGCACCUGGCAAAGGCUUGGGGCUCCUAAAGCCAGCCCUAACCCAGGAGCCACAUGAAGAGCUACUGGGAGGCCAGACAUGGGCCUCAUGCUGGUUUUCAGAACUGAGAAGCUAGGAGACAGACAGCAUGGACACCUGGGUUCAAGCUUGGCCCAAAUCACCUGAAUACACUUUGGAUGAAGCCAGGAGGGCCUGUUUAUACUGGAAUGAGUGGAUCAUGGCAAGACUUACGUUCAAUCCCUGAUCUUUUUUCCCGGAGAGGGACAGGGCUUACUUGAAGUAACAAAGCACUUGACUCCUGA